AUGCGACAUGAUAGAAUUCGGAACACCACCAUACUGACUGGCCUCAAAGUUAAACCGGCCAAGACCGUCCCAGAGGAGCACAACGUAAGAUUAUUCGAAUGUCUCCUUAGGAUGGGAUCAAGAAAGAACCAUCAAGAUGAUCUACGAGGCCCAUUUGGAGGGAAGGAGACAGUAUGCGAGAGGCAUUCAGAAGCCAAGUAUUACAAGUUUUCUUGUAUCUGUAAUCAAAUCAAGGGUCAAGAGUCGAGAGUCGUUAUCAAGAGUCAAAGAGUCGUUAUCAAGAGGAAUCCUGAUCAGGAAGAUCCAAGUGUCCCGCAUUCGCCAGAUCCUCGAAAAAAGUCAGAAAUAUCAAUUCACUACCCACCAUCUGUUCUUAGACUUUAA